AUACAACAGGGCGCGCGCACAGACUCUCCUCCCUUCGCCGUGCCCGUGCCGGUUAGUGCGCAGGCUGCUGUGUUGUCAGCGCGAGCGGAGGGAAGCGGCGGGGUCUUCCUCCAAGAGCCGCGGAUCAUGGCGGCUCCCUUAGCGCAGUUUGAUGAGGACUGGCAGGAUUUCUACGAAUUCAAGGCGCCGCCGGCUAGCUAUCAGUUGGACCAGGUGAACUCCAACGGCGUCCCCGGUACCAGCACCGGCGGUGGCUGUGGGGCGCUGGAUCACAGCCUGGAGGAUUUCUCCGAGCUGGACAACUUCUCGGGGGAGAUCGUGAGCUUCAAAUCGAUGGAGGACCUGGUCAACGACUUCGACGAGAAGCUGACGGUGUGUUUCCGGAACUAUAACACCAACACGGAGAACAUAGCCCCAGUCAAGCCUAUCACCGAGGAAAGCAUCAUGAGGGACGACGAGAUUUGGAAUGCACUGACUGAUAACUAUGGUAAUGUAAUGGCUGUGGACUGGAAGACAUCCCACACCCGAGCUUUGCACCUGCCAACAUUGAAUCUGUCGGAAAAGGCGAUGAACGAUAACCUUAACCUCGAUCUUUCUGAUGAUGAGGAGCUACGGGAUCAAUUGGACAUGCAUUCUAUUAUCGUCUCUUGUAUAAAUGAUGAGCCACUCUUCACAGCUGAACAGGUCAUCGAGGAAAUUGAGGAAAUGAUGCAAGAAUCUCCUGAUCCUGAGGAAGAUGACACACCCACACAGUCUGACCGACUUUCCAUAUUAUCUCAGGAAAUCCAGACGCUCAAAAGAUCCAACACCAGCAACAGUUAUGAAGAACGUGUGAAGCGAUUGCCCAUAGCGGAAUUAAAUGAGCUUCUGGAGGAGAUUGAGACUACAAUAAAACACUACUCGGAGGAGCUAAUUGAACAGUUAGCAUUGCGUGAUGAGCUAGAGUUUGAAAAAGAAGUGAAAAACAGCUUCAUCUCGAUACUUAUUGAGGUUCAAAACAAACAGAAGGAACACAGGGAAACUAUGAAGAAGAAAAAGAAACAAAAGAAUGGAAGCCCUCAAAAUGGAAAGCAGGAGAAAAGUCACAUGCCAGGAACGCGUUUCAGCAUGGAGGGACUCUCAAAUGUCAUUCAGAAUGGCUUUCGCCAGACAUUUGGAAGCUCAGGUGGUGAAAAACAGUAUUUAACAACAGUUAUCCCUUAUGAGAAGAAGGCUGGUCCCCCAUCUGUAGAAGAUCUUCAAAUCUUGACCAAAAUCCUUCAGGCAAUGAAAGAAGAUAGUGAGAGAGUGCCAAGUUUGCUGACAGAUUACAUUCUGAAAGCACUCGUAUAACGGCUGGAUUGACUGAGUGCUCUGCCCAACUUAAAGCCAGCACUCUGCCAUCACACCAGAGGGGCAUGAAGAUUGCAUUCUGCUAACUCCCAUGAAGAGAAGAGCAUCUUUAUUUUCCCAGGCUUCCCAGUCUACUAAUUUUCCUUAACCUUGAGUGUUGUGCUAACCUUGCCUUUAUUUAAUCUUACUCUAGCUCGGAGAGCAGUUUUAUUGCACGGCAGUGAAGAUUUCUCUUCCACUCCUCCCCACACUCCACUUAGCGUUAGCAAUGGAUCAUGUUAGACAACUUGCCUGCAGGUUGAAGUGUUCCCACCAUGCCCCAGUGCGAACCCAGCUGGCUGUUUUUACCAGAGCAUAGAACAAAAGAACAGCUGUACAGUUUUAACCAUGAGUAUUGCAUUAGCAGUGUAAUAUCUAUUUUUACAAUGUGUAGGAUCUAGAGAAGUUAACUUUUUAUCAUCAAGGAAAGCUGUUCAUGCAACAGUGGAUGUAAAUAGGCUCAAGAAUUUUAACCAAACCCAUAAAGCAGCAAACCUGUAUAUUUAUUCCAAUUAUGCUAAUUUUCAAGAAGGGAACAAAUAGUUUAACUGCACUACUGAGGCAUCCUGUCACAGCACAGCUCCGUUAAUACAGUGUUCACUAAUAGCUCUUCUUUUGGGGUUUGAAAUGAGUGCAAGGUUUGAAAAUGUGAACAGCAACCUAAGUUGCAGCUGAGUGUAAAACUGCGAACAAAUGGAAAUCUGUAAAUUUGUGUGAUCUGCUUCUGGGCGUCCUCCCCUAGAAGGGAUUUGAGACACGUAUUGAUAAUAUCAGAGGAGCUCAUCUGCCAGCAAAUGGUUUUUUUUCUGCCACACAAUUCUAUUUAGAUUGAGAAAUGCAAAUAUUUAGUAAGAAUUAGUUGUAUUGGUUCCACAAGAUCAUUUGACCUGGUCAUCCCUCUCUCCUCCUCCUCCUUUAAAAUUCCCUUUUUUUUUUGGCUCUUUUUUAAAAUAUAUUUUCAUAGCAAUGUGACGUUAAGAUAGGUAUUGGACUCUAUUAUUUUUGUUGUAUCUGGGGAAAAAUACAUUUUGGAAAUUAAUUUUUACUUGAGGACAGUGUUAAAUAUUGAAUGAAAGCUGGGUAGACCAACAAAAGCAGGGAGAUUUGAAUCUUAAAUAACACUUGAGUAUUAAUUGGCUGCAUCAUCUUUUUGUUUACAACAAGAAAAAGUAGCAAGUUUGAUUUGUGCAUUGUGCCAGGUGUAUCAGGAUACUACACAAACCAAACUGGGCCCAGCACGUAGGCUUCUGUUUGAUGGAUCAUACUGUAGAAUGUUUGGUAUUCAUCUUGUGUCUAUGUUCUUCAUUAGCAAUCUAGUUAAAUUAUAUGUUUCUUAAUGGUAGAAAUAAGAUAUUAUUGUGUAUGUGCUUAGUCAUAUGUAAAUUAAAGGCUGCAUGCUAACCAUGUAAACUGUGUAUGUACUGUGGUUUCAGUUAAGAUACAAUAGGAAUUAUUUUAAAGUGCUGUUUUAUCUGCCCUUUUCUCAUUUAUCCCUCCUUUCUUUGCCUUUGCCAACAUUAUCAACAAAAACUGUUAUAACAAAAACCCUAAAUAUGAUUCUGAAUCAGUACACAUGAUAUCGAACUGUAGUGCAUGCAGCAAUUAUGAGGUGAAAGUCCAGUUUUGAUGCAUUUGAUUGCAAGUUUGGAUGGUGGCUCCAGUCAAGCGGCUGCUCUCUGGGGAGCUGAGUCUUGUGUUUGUACUGUACCAUCACAUGAGAUUUACAGAAUGGAGGAAAGUGGACAUACACAUGGUACACAGGUUAAACAAAGGCAAUGCCGCAAUAUUAGAGCUGCAUGAACAAAAAACCUUGCUGAAAUCUAUCACCUUUUAACAGUACUCACAGGGUCUGUUGAACCAAGCAUGCCUGUGUAUACACAUGCUGUAAUAGUCCAGUAAUUUAGGAUGGUUUUCUUUUUAAUUGUGAAAUAACUGACCUUGUAGCAAUAGUGUUGAUUUUAAUGUAGAAUAUUGAUAUUUUUGUGUCAGUAAUCUUAAUUUAUUAUUUCUGUAAUUUUUGGCAGUUUGUAAAGUUUGUGGCAGUAAUUUUAUUUCAUAAUGCAACCUUUGAGAGCAAAUAAACUUGAUUUACACAUUUUA